ACGGAAUCCGAGAGGCUCCAGUUCGAGGGAGUUUACGGAACCACGGGAGGAGACAGGAGUUGUGGGAGGCAAGUUUUCUGGCUGUUUAUCUGGCGGGCACUGUGCCAUCACCCCAGUCGUUCGUUAAGCUUGCAGAUUUUUGGGCCAAAGUGCUGGGCGAGACGAAGACCUGCUUCUCCCCACUGCCGACCUUCUCUCGCCCCGUCUUUCUUCGGCGAGUCAGUGUCAGCUUCUGGGAAGUGCUGUUGUCGUCGGUGCCGGUUUCCCCUGGAAAGCCGCGGGGCUCUUGUUUUCCAUCUUUGCUGAGUGGGAGCGGGGGACCCCACCCUGGAAUCCGGGGAGGUGGCGCAGCCCGCUGUGGAGCACUUGGAGCAAAAGGUCUUCCGCGACCCCGCCCCCGCGUUGCGCUCGGAGGACCACCUGCCUGAUGGGAGUCCAGGGGCUCUGGAAGCUGCUGGAGUGCUCCGGGCGGCAGGUCAACCCGGAGACGCUGGAGGGCAAGAUCCUUGCCGUGGAUAUUAGCAUUUGGUUAAACCAAGCACUUAAAGGAGUCCGGGAUCGCCACGGGAACUCAAUAGAAAAUGCUCAUCUCCUCACCUUGUUUCACCGGCUCUGCAAACUCUUAUUUUUUCGAAUUCGACCUAUUUUUGUGUUUGAUGGGGACGCUCCGCUGUUGAAGAAACAGACUCUGGCUAAGAGAAGGCAGAGAAAGGACUUGGCAACUGAUGACUCCAAAAAAACUACAGAGAAGCUUUUGAAAACAUUUUUGAAAAGACAAGUUGUCAAAACUGCCUUAAAAAGCAAAAGGGAGGAAGCCCUUCCCAGUCUUACUCAAGUUCAAAGAGAAAAUGACAUCUAUGCUUUGCCACCUUUAGAAGAGAAAGAGAAAAAUAGUUCAGAAGAGGAAGACGAAAAAGAAUGGCAAGAAAGAAUGAUUCAAAAGCAAGCACUACAGGAAGAGUUCUUUCAUAAUCCUCAAGCAGUGGAUAUUGAGUCUGAAGACUUCAGCAGCCUGCCCCCUGAAAUAAAGCAUGAAAUCUUGACUGAUAUGAAAGAAUUUACCAAGCGAAGAAGAACAUUAUUUGAACCAAUGCCAGAGGAAUCCAAUGACUUUUCUCAGUACCAGCUCAAAGGCUUGCUUAAAAAAAACUAUCUAAAUCAACACAUAGAAAAUGUCCAGAAGGAAAUGAAUCAACAACAUUCAGGACAAAUCCAAAGGCAAUAUGAAGAUGAAGGGGGCUUUUUGAAGGAGGUGGAAUCAAGGAGAGUGGUCUCCGAAGAUACUUCCCAUUACAUCUUGAUCAAAGGUAUUCAAGCUAAGAAAGCGGCCCAAGGGGCAUUGGCGUCUCUUCCCACCAGCAGUGCCAAUGCCGUGCACAGCAGGUCUCUUGACGCGAAGUCCUCUCCGGGUGAAACACUGACCCCAGAUGCGGAGCCCAGGGCGUCCCCGCCCUCCCCGAGAACCUUACGGGCCCUGCAGGCUGCGCUGCUGGGAGGCAGCUCAGAGGAGGAGCUGGAGGCCGAGGCUGCGGCUGCGGGGCGCCGUGAUGGGGACAGCAUGCCUGCUGCCCGUGAGGCUUCUGUGUCGCCGCCGACUCUCCUGGCCAUCCAGAGAGCCCUCGAGGACAGUGAUGGAGAGGGCAGCCACCAGCAGGCCAGAGGGGCAGGGGCCAGAAAACCAAGGAAACUGCUGGCGAGCAGCUCUGACGAGGAAACCGACCAAGGGCCUGAAGCGAGAGACGGAGAAGCCCCGCUGUUGACAGGGGCACCUCAUUCAGCCUGUGUGAGCCUCGCUGGGGUGCGUGUGGCCAGCGCCGAGAGCGACCGAGAACGGGCGGCCCCGGCUCCUUUACUGGGCGCUGGCUUUUGUCAAGGCAGCGAAUCCACCGUCCCAGGAGAACAGACCCCAUUGAGUGACCCAGAGGAGGGAGCCCUUCAGACAAGCCGUGAGUCUCCAGUUAAGGAUGGAAAGGAUCCGGUUCCUUUAGGAACCACGGUGCUGCUGCCUGGGGCUGCACCUGGGCUCCAGAGUGGCCCAGAGGUGACACCAACACCUCCUGCAAGUCCCAGUUCUGUGUCAAGGAAUGAAACGGACACCAAAGUGCCUGAGCUACAACAAGCUCUUCCUCCGCCUGAGAGUAAAUACAAUACCUCUGUUCUUUCAAGUGAUGAUGAGACAGAACAUGAGAGAACCCCUGCUGCUGAAGCUGGCGGUGCCAUCAGCUUGCAGGAAUCCCGGAACACGCCAGGUGAACCUUUAGAGACAGUGAGUCACUUAGGAAAAGUGGCCUCACUUAACGCCAGGGAGCGUGAGAAUUUCCUGAAAACCAUCCGAGAACAUGAGGUCGUUGAACCUGCAGGCCAGGGUUUAAUUUCAGCUCCAGAGACCAUGGAACCAAUGGAAAACGACUCUGAAGAAAGUGAAUCUGACGGGAGUUUCAUUGAAGUGCAGAGUAUAGAUAGCAGUGAUGAGCUUCCAGCUGAGUUACACGAAGCGUCCAGCCCUCCCCCAGGACCAGCUGAGGACGAGCCGACAGGACCUGAGGAGGGAGCCCCUGGUGACUCCGAGGGCCUCCGGAGAGGCAGCGCUGAGAGUGAGGCUGUGGGGAUUGAGCCACACGAAGAAACAGACAGAGCUGCAGGCGGCUCGCCCAAUGAAUGGCAAGAUAUCGAUCUGGAGGAGCUGGCGAGUCUGGAAAGCGACCUUUUAGCACAGCAGCAUUCCCUGAAAGCUCAAAAACAGCAGCAGGAACGGGUGGCCGCUACCGUGACAGGACAGAUGUUUCUCGAAAGCCAGGAGCUGCUCCGCCUGUUCGGCGUCCCCUACAUCGAGGCUCCCAUGGAAGCAGAGGCUCAGUGCGCCAUCCUGGACCUGAGCGAUCAAACGUCCGGAACCAUCACUGAUGACAGUGACAUCUGGCUGUUCGGAGCACGGCACGUCUAUAAAAACUUCUUCAAUAAAAACAAGUUUGUAGAGUAUUACCAGUACGUGGACUUCCAUAGCCAACUAGGAUUGGACCGGAACAAAUUAAUAAAUUUGGCUUAUUUACUUGGAAGUGAUUAUACAGAAGGAAUACCAACUGUAGGUUGUGUUACAGCCAUGGAAAUUCUCAAUGAAUUCCCUGGACAUGGCCUGGAACCUCUCCUAAAAUUCUCAGAGUGGUGGCAUGAAGCUCAAAAAAAUCAGAAGCUAAGACCUAAUCCUUACGACACCAAAGUGAAAAAGAAGUUACGCAAGCUGCAGCUCGCCCCUGGCUUCCCUAACCCGGCCGUGGCGGACGCCUACCUCAGGCCGGUGGUGGACGACUCCAGGGGGGCCUUCCUGUGGGGCACCCCCGACCUCGACAAGAUUCGAGAAUUUUGUCAGCGGUAUUUUGGCUGGAACAGGACGAAGACAGAUGAAUCUCUGUUUCCAGUAUUAAAGCAACUGAAUGCUCAGCAGACCCAGCUCCGCAUUGACUCUUUCUUUAGAUUAGCUCAGCAGGAAAGACAGGAGUCUAAGGGCAUUAAGAGCCAGAGACUUAACAGAGCAGUGACGUGUAUGCUGAGAAAAGAAAGAGAAGAAGCAGCCAGUGAGAUGGAAGCAGCUUCUGUUGCCAUGGCACAGGACUCUGAGUUUCUGGAUGAGGCCAAAGGGAAGACCCAGAAGAGAGGCUCAGUGAAGCGAUGGCAGGACUCAUCCAGCCCGAAAAGAAAGAGGCUUUCGGUUUCCAAGCAUGAACGUGGUGGCUUUUUAGGGGAGGCCUACCUCUCGCAGUCGUCCGAUGCCUCAUCGAGCGAGGAUGCAGAAAGCUUCCCUUUCACGGAGAGGCAGAAGGGACCAGCUGCGGCACAGUCAGGACCCAGCCCUCCAGGCUUUCGGAGUGCCGUGCCGCCAGCUCCCCAGAGAGACACAGGUGCCGCAGCGAGCAGCUCCAGCGAUGAUGAUGGAGAGGAGGCCAAGCCCCUCCUGGUGACGGCCAGGUCUGUAUUUGGGAAGAAAAGGGGGAAACGCAGAAGUGCAAGAGGAAGAAAGAAGAAAACCUAAAUGCGCGUGUAUUCUCUGGAAUUGGGUACAGCUUAACAUUUCAUCAUGAAUUUGUUGUGAGGAAAUAAUAAAAUUUAAAGUAUCUGCACAGUC